GUGUUAAAUUGGCGGUUCCGUAUUCAUUAUCAAAACAAAAUUAGCAGAACAACCGUUAAGGUGACUAUUUCAAUGUUUAAACAGCGCCACCCAAAGUUAGUUGCUCAGCAGUUGCUGAAUUGAUAAAACGUCGGUGUAGCUCGAUACCUACAACGUGCGAUCAACGCAAGAAAAUCGGCCAGCAGCUACAAAAGCGUUAACAAUCGUUGAGCAAGCCAAGGUGAACGAUAUGAAAUCAAAACGUGUUGUGAUUAUCGGUGCUGGCGCAGCUGGUGUAGCCGCAGCAACACGUCUCUUGGAGUCUGGCUUCGAAAAUGUCUUGUUACUUGAGGCGGAAAAUCGUUUUGGUGGACGCAUACACACCAUACCCUUUGCAGACAAUGUCAUCGACUUGGGCGCACAGUGGUGUCACGGCGAGCAGGGUAAUGCAAUCUACGAGCUGACGCGCGGUUUAGAUAUGCUGCGCCCUUCAGAAGAAAUCGAAGGUGGUUUUAAGUGCAUACGCUCCAAUAAGGAAGUGGUUGACGAUGCAGUUGUCGAGAAGCUUAGGUCAAUUAUCUUAAACUUAGAACCAACACAUCAGGAUGGCUUGAAAGAUUAUGAGGGUUCAUUGGGCGCCUACAUCACCGAUGCAUUUUGGCGCAAACUGGAGGCGCUGCCAGAUAUCGAUAGAGUACUAGCGCGUGAGUUCUUUGAGAAUGGCAAAAAGAAGCUCAGUUCAAUGGACGGUGCCGAUAACCUGUUCGAGGUAUCCGGUAAGGGUCAACAUGAGUAUCUGGAUUGUGAAGGCGAUCUACAUCUAUAUUGGAAAGGUAAAGGUUUCGGCAGUUUUUUGCGUUUACUAAUGAAGGCGAAUCAAGACGACCCUUCCGACUUGGGACUACUUAACGAACACAUAAAGUACAAUGCGCGCGUCGAACAUAUUGACUGGCAGUCAUCGAAAGGUGAUAUACGCUUACGCCUUUGGAAUGGUGAACUCAUUCUAGCGGAUCACGUCAUCUGCACCGUUUCGCUAGGUGUACUCAAAGAUAUACAUCAGAAAUUAUUCACUCCAACGCUGCCGCUGGCCAAGUGUCGCGCUAUUGACGGCCUCAGUCUGGGUACCGUUGAUAAAUUUUUCCUCGAAUUCAAGCAACCAUUCGCACCGCUUAAUUGGGCCGGUUUCUCAUUUCUUUGGCAGGAAGAGGAUUUGGCGGAGUUACGCAACAGUGGGAACUAUUGGCUGGAGAGUGUUUUUAACUUUCAAACCGUUUCCAAUCAGCCCCGCUUACUACAAGGUUGGAUACUGGGUCCACAUGCACGACACAUGGAAACUCUAGCCGAAGCUGAGGUGCUCGACGCUUUGCUGUGGCUUUUCAACAAAUUUCUCACAUUCGAAGUGCCCACCCCGGUGAGAUUUUUGCGCACACGCUGGUACACUAAUCCUAAUUUCCGUGGUAGUUACUCCUUCCGUUCCGUAUAUACUGACGAGUUGCGGACGAGCAGUUCGGAUAUGGCAACGCCAAUCCUCGAUGAACGAGACGGCAAGCCAUUGUUGCAAUUCGCCGGCGAGGCGACGCAUCCACAUUUCUACUCGACGGCUCAUGGCGCGGUGGAGAGCGGUUGGCGCGAGGCGCAACGCUUGAUUGCGCACUAUCAGGAACACAACUCGCACUCGCAAAAAUAGUAUGCUAGCCCUGAAAGCACGUGCAGCCUGAUACCGCAGCGUUAGUACAGAUGGCCAGUGCGAUAAUUGUGCUGAUUGGCACCAUUGUAGUAAAUUAGCUGAUAAAUUGUUGUACUUGAAAUUUACUUUGUAAGGGAAGUACAAGUAGAGUAAAUAAUAAUCAUAAGUAGUUUCUCAAUGAAGUUUGUUUUUGUUUUCUUCAAACAUUUCGAUAACUGUAAAUGCUUAAUGUCAUGGCAAUAUUGAGACCAAAUUGUACCUCUUAUCUUGUGUGAUUAAAAAUCAACUUUGAUAAAAUAAAACUGUUUAAUUGCGUCUAGUUAUA